AUGGAUGCAACAAUCGAGUGGUUUGGUGCUACCACGUUUCGCGUGAAAGCCAACGGCCUCGUCAUCUUCUUGGACACAUGGCUGGAGCGCCCAGAUGUUCUGCCUAAAGUUUUGGAUAUCAACGAUGUGGCUGAAGCAGAUUACAUAUUCAUCUCCCACGCACAUUUUGACCAUCUUCCCGGGGCCGAUAAGAUUGCAAUCAAGACCGGAGCGCACGUUAUCGCCAAUGGCGAAGCUAUCAACGUCCUUCGGUUCGCUGGAGUGCCGGAAGACCAGCUAAUCCCAGUGUCCGGCGGCGAGCGCGUCCCUCUUUUUACUCUCGAGUGUCGUCAAGCUGCGGCUCGUGGUGAAGUUGACAUCGCUCCUGGACCACCAGGCGCUCCUGCGGCUCCAGAUGCUAAAUUAGCCGCGGCUUCCGUCCAUGUCUGGCCUUCAUUGCACUGUCUGAUGCCCGGUGGCUCGCAUGCCGAUGUGCCGGCGAUCAUGGAUACAGGCAAGGAGUACAUUGGAGGAGCAAGCCAGUACGCCUGCACACUGGAUAUCACAUUCGGUAUGAAAUACGGCCUCCUCAAGAUCGGCGACCACAUGCCUCGCGACGCUAUGGACUCGGGCAUGCGCUCGUUCGUCGACUACGUCAACGGUCCAGCGAGGGAAUGCAUGUCGCACUUUGACGGAGGGCAGCUGAUGUACAACUUUCUGUUCGGAGAGGAAAAGACACUGCUGUGGAACGGGCAUCUGGGUGGCUACGAUGGAAUAUUGAAGACGGUGCAGCCCCAGCCAGACGUGCUCAUUCAGGCAAUUGCUGGGCGGGCGAACUUGAACGGGCGACCAUUUGAUGGAUCGGCAGCGCAGUUCGCAGUGCAAGUAUCGAAACUUCUGGGAGAGCCGAAGAAGGUGAUCUGGUGUUUGCACGAUGAGGCGCCGAUCAAGCCGUGGACGGUGGAUGUUAGCCCAGCUACGCAAGCCGUCGAGACGGAGACUAGUUCUGAGGUGACUACACUGCAGAUGGGUCGUCGCUGCUUAUACCAAUCGAGUUCUGGCGACGACGACACUAUCCUCGUUGCGCAGCCUGCAGCUGACGGCGAGGCUCCUGCUGCCCUUUCUACGCCUCGCCAGCAACUGCCGCCCACUACUUCGCAAUCUUAUAUCUCGGACCAACCUUCGCUCGAGCCAGAUCUCCUAUGGGACGCCCUCCUGACCCCUGCCCAAUUCCUGUUUCCGUUCUCGCCGGUGCCUUCUCUUGGAGCUGGCACAUCGACAAACCUCUGCUUCGGAGACACCGCUUUGGCUGCCGUCGGUGACUCUGCGGAUGAUCAGACCGCGCAGAAUAGCUUCGGUGCAGUGACAACGCCAAGAACAGGUGUAGAGACCGUUGAUGUCUUUACUGGACCGGAAUACCUGACAGCAGAAGAAGAAGACAUCCUGAUCGCUGAGUACAUUCCUCAUGUACCUCCAAUGACAGUAGAAACAAGGGCAUACAUGAUCCAAGCCAUCAAAACCCGACUGCCACAGCACGAAGCCCAAGGGCUUGACGCCAACUUCCCGUCUUUGCGACACCUUGAUACAUACAUGCAACUAUAUUUCGAACACUUCCAUCCACGGAUGCCUUUACUACACGUUCCGACAUUUCAGGCGUCGCCCAAGACUUGGCAGCUGGUGCUCAGUGUGGUGUGCCUCGGCAGUCGGUACUCCUUAGCGCACCACCAUCAAGAUCACGUUCUACUACUGCAGCAAACUGCCCAGCACAUGCUAAAAAGAGAUAUUCGAAAGCUAUCGAGUAAUGACGUUUUGGCCUCUGCGCAAUCCCUAUUGUUGUUUCAUCAAAGCCAGUGGCUCUCGGGCGAGUGGAACAUUGUCAUGGGGGUUCAAUUCCACCGGAACAUCCUUGCCACUCUUUGUCGCCAAUUACUAUCUCGAGAGGGCACUUUGAUGCACACGCAUACAUCCGCCGACAACGCGAACCACGCAUGGUCCCAGUGGAUACAAGCCGAAGCCAAACGCCGGAUCAUCCACUUCACUUGGAAGUGGGAGUGUCUUCAGGCAACCUUCUUCAUGCUUCCUCCUCUGCUCUCAAUUGCCGAGCUGCAAACUCCGGUGCCCACAUCUGAUGCGCACUGGUCAUCGACUCACGACCAGUGGCACCUUCACCCGCCACCGCAGCCUUCAUCGACUCUGUGUGCUCUAAUAGCCCGCGUUGGCCUCGGCGACGUAGUUCCGGCGAGCCUGGAGCAACCGGCUAAAUCUGCAAUACUGCUCUCGGCCAUCGUGCAGCAAGCUGCCGAGAGCGAUUUGCUACGGGCCAUGGGACUUGGCUCUGUUGGCAGUACUGCUAGUCAACCGGGCUUAGCUCUAGGAAUGGGGGCCAUGCUCUCUCAGAAAGCCUUCGAUGUUUUGUCCCAGGUAGGGUGCUCUCACGCGUUGCGCGAAACGGAUGCUGGCACCAACUCGAACGACUUUGCCUUGCUUUCUCGAGUUCUUUCCAUUUGCUCGUUUACACCUGUGCGGCUCCUCAACCUGCACAGCAAAUGGCAGGCGACAGAAACAGGUCAAAGCAACGCCCGGUCCGAACUGUUGGACGUUAUACCGCAGAAUGUCGGCAGAGCAAGGCUCUGCUUGUACUACGCUGCGCAGGUUCUCCAAUACUUCCGCACUGCUAGAGUCGCAACAAUACUCGACAUUCUGAGCGUCCUGAUCUGUGUGCUAUACAUGGUAGCGUACGUGGACAUUGUUGAGCAACGAGAUCCCAAUGCCGCCGGAAGUGGUGGGGCCGGCGUCGGGACGUCUUGCACGGAGAUCAUCCGACUCGAUCAAGUCGUUGAUGUAGAUCUUUUGAACGACUGGUUGGAGGUCAGGAAUCAUGAAAGACCUCACGUUACUGGGGUCGGUCUCCUACACAGUGGCCGCAGCGUGUCUCGUCUAUACAAAGAAGGGUCGCGGAUUAUGGCAAGCGGAUGCUCGGUCUCGAGGAUGGCGAAGGAGAUGUCUACUAUUUUCGAGUCGCAAGCUAAAGGAUAUCCUCCAGACCCUCAAGAUCACCGACAGGACGAACAGAGCGCGGUGUGA